GUCGGAUCCGGUUUUAAUUUCUUUCUUAAGUACGUUCCAAUUUCCGGUGGGAAAUUUAGGAAUUUGAUCGUGACGAAUCACCGGCGACGGAGGCUAUGGAAGAUCUCAAGGGUCAAGAAGAGAAACGGGCGGUUUCUACCAUCGUCUUCAUCGUCGCUAUGCAAAAGGAAGCUCAGCCUCUGAUCAACAGAUUACGGCUUGUGAAAGAAGUUAGUACGCCGUUUCCAAAGGAAGUGACUUGGGUUCUGUUUAAAGGAAUGUAUAAAGACUUGAACGUCAAUAUAGUGUGUCCAGGGAAGGAUGCAACUCUAGAGGUAGAGAGUGUUGGCACGGUUCCUGCAUCUCUCGUGACUUAUGCUUCCAUUCAAGCAAUUCGACCAGACUUGAUCAUUAAUGCGGGAACCGCUGGUGGCUUUAAGGCCAAAGGUGCAUGUAUUAGCGAUGUUUAUGUUGUCUCAAGUGUUGCUUUCCAUGACAGAAGAAUACCCGUUCCUGUCCUUGAUAUAUAUGGUGUUGGUAUGCGGAAAGCCUUCCCCACACCCAACCUUAUAAAGGAGCUCAACCUAAAGGUGGGAAGAUUAUCCACUGGCGAUUCUAUGGAUAUGUCUCCACAUGACGAAGAAUCCAUCACAGCAAAUGAUGCUACAGUUAAAGAUAUGGAGGGAGCAGCAGUGGCCUAUGUGGCUGAUAUCUUUAAGGUGCCUACGAUUCUAAUAAAAGGUGUUACUGAUAUUGUGGAUGGCAAUAGACCAACUUCUGAAGAAUUUUUGGAGAACUUAGCUGCAGUCACUUCCAAACUUGAUGAGUCACUUACUAAGGUGAUUGACUUCAUCAGUGGGAAGUGUCUCUCAGACCUCUGACAAGUCAGACCUGAUAGCUUUCCUAUAAUCAAAACCGUAAGUUUCGUCUAUAAAGUUCACAUAUGUGCAUUGGGCGAAGAAAGGAUAUAAAGAUUCAAGCAAAGGGCAUAGGUUUGAGCAGAGAAUUUCAUUUUAACUCUUCACCUUUUCUCAUUUGUUCUUCUAUUGUUUGCUGUCUUCCAAUACAUGUAGAAACUCUGCAAAUUUUGCUACCCAACAACAGGAUCAGAAAUUUUUAUCCA